UGCUGGCUGUCACUGCCGCCGCCCAAUAGACACUCGCGAUCCGGAGCGCGAGCAGGACGACAUCCUCCCAAUCAAGAGGCCGGAGUGUGAGCCCGUACCUGACCUCAAUUCGGCUUGGAUGCUUUAGCAACAAUCGGCAGACUGAGCAAGCGAGAGAGGAGAGAGUGUGGGACAGAGACGGAUAUUUGGGAUACAGCUCUCGCGCGUCCCGACUCUCGGUCUUGCAAUGGGAUGCACGUUAAGUGCAGAGGAGCGCGCGGCUCUGGACCGGAGCAAAGCGAUCGAGAAAAACCUGAAGGAAGCCGGAAUAAGCGCAGCCAAAGAUGUCAAAUUACUGCUGCUGGGCGGAGGGGAGUCGGGGAAGAGCACCAUUGUCAAACAGAUGAAGAUUAUCCAUGAAGAUGGGUUUUCUGGAGACGACAUAAAGCAGUUUAAACCUGUGGUCUAUAGCAACACCAUUCAGAGUCUUGGCACCAUCUUGCGAGCAAUGGAAACUCUUGGUAUAGAGUACACAGACAAGGACAGAACUGCAGAUGCUAAGAUCGUAUUUGAUGUGGUUGGUCGUAUGGAAGACACAGAGCCAUUUUCAACAGAACUGCUGGCUGCCAUGGUGCGUCUGUGGACUGAUACUGGAACUCAGGCUUGCUUUAGCCGCUCACGAGAGUAUCAGCUCAAUGACUCCGCCCAAUAUUACCUAGACAGUUUGCAGCGCGUUGGAUCUCCAGAUUACCUCCCCACUGAACAGGAUAUUCUCCGAACCCGAGUCAAAACUACUGGCAUCGUUGAGACACAUUUUUCCUUCAAGAACCUUAACUUUAGGCUGUUUGAUGUGGGGGGACAGAGAUCAGAGAGGAAAAAAUGGAUUCACUGCUUUGAGGAUGUGACAGCCAUUAUCUUCUGUGUGGCAAUGAGUGGAUAUGACCAAAUGCUCCAUGAAGACGAAACCACGAACCGUAUGCAUGAGUCUCUGACGCUCUUUGACUCUAUAUGUAACAAUAAGUUCUUUGCUGACACAUCCAUCAUCCUUUUCCUUAAUAAGAAGGACCUUUUUGGAGAAAAGAUUGUGAAAUCUCCAUUGAAUAUCUGCUUCCCAGAAUACACAGGCCCAAAUACAUUCGAAGCCGCGGCUGCAUAUAUACAGAGUCAGUUUGAAAGUAAGAAUCGCUCUCCUAAUAAAGAGAUCUACUGUCAUCUAACCUGCGCUACAGACACAGGAAACAUCCAAGUGGUCUUUGAUGCUGUCACUGACAUCAUCAUCGCCAAUAACCUGCGUGGUUGUGGCCUCUACUGAGCUCCAACUCCACUUGCUGCCAUUUGAAAUGGUAACAAGUGACUGAACUGACACCCCUGUGACUUUGGCCAAGGCACUCCCUUAUUUCAUUUUACUCUGUCAAUUUUUGUCUUUUGUUUAGAAUAUUUAUCCCUUAUUUUCCUUUGUAGUUUGUCAGUACAUUGCUGGCGUAAAUAACGUAUGGGUGUGCAUGUAUAGUGUAAAAAUUAGUGUUUGGCCGAGCAUAGAUGCUUUAAGCCUGAGUGCAUGUGUGUGAGUGGAAGUCAUAACGAGUGAGAGUGUUUGUCAGGUGACACAAAGGACACAUAAAGGUUCUCUGCUGUGUAAGAGACUUCCAAAUGCUGGCAUGAUCCACUAAAAUGAUCUCAGAAACCCAGAAGGAUCAGUGACUCUUGCAGGCUAAAUGACUAAGAGCAAGAUAUAUGGUGAAUCAUUUAGAAGAGCUGAAUGGCAUUUCAGAAACUGAAUGUUGUCCAGGGGCAGUUCUUUAAGCCAAAGUUCUUUGAGACCUGGGAUCGCCCCUUUUUGGGUCACUCAACAUGAGCACAAAUAGUAAAAAAUAUUUUCAGUUGUUCAUUUCUGUAUAAAUUAUUCUCUAGUUUAUUUAUUUAUAUAACUAUAAGCGCAGGGCUGUCCUUAGGGGGGUGCAACUGGUGCGGUCGCACCAGGCCCUGUGGCAAACGAACCGAGGGGGACCACCCCCCUGGAACGCGAUCGCCAACGGACCGAGGGGGGCCCCGCUUCAGCUAAGGACGGCCCUGUAUAAGCACAUGUAUUUACAUAUUUUGUAUCGCCCCACACUUUGUGCACCCUAUCAGUGUUGGGCUAUGAUGAAUACAAACAAACUAGCUUACAGACUUUACAUGGAGAACAGCGUAAAUAUUAACAUAGUAAUUCAGAUUCAUAUAUAACUGAAUUACUGAAUGAAUGAGCUAUUGCUUAUUUUUAACUCACUCUCUUUAACUGAUGACAUAAUGACAUGUGAGAGUGUGUACAGAUGCGUGUGCGUGUGAUGCAUGCACACUCUUUAUUCAACCAUGACCUAUUACUUAACCCCGAUUUCUUUUCCUCUUUUUCUCUGCCGUGGAUGGAUUUUUUUUGUUUGGUGCACUGAAUGGCCUCUUUUCCUCCCUUGGGGUCAGAGGCCUACUGCACACUGUUCUGCUGGGUUUAGUCUUCUGACCGACCAAUUAAAUGUUUACAUUAAAAAAGAAAACACUUUAGCACCAACUACUGGCUGUGUACUGAUUUGUCCCUCCUUUAACAUGGUUAGUCAAGUUUAACUGCAGUUAUCAAGAAUUGGGCUGCGUAUAUAAUUGCAGUAGUUACAUAAAUGCAUAAAAUACGAUCAGUGUGAAAGAUAAGAAUUAUAUUAUGCCUGGCUUUCUUUUUAUUUUUAUCUGAUGCCCACAUAA